AUGGUUGCCAUAAACAAUUUCACACCAGAACAAAGGCAGACUGGUUCAGACAGUCGUCGAACCUUUACAAUACCAAAUCCAAAAACAUCAUACGAUGUAAUUGAAGAAUGGGUACCAGCGAUAGGCAAUCAGAAACUGAACAACUUGAUGAAAUACGAUGGGGGUUUGCUUAGCCCAAGUGGGAAAGCAGUUACCAAAAAAGAAAAGGACGAAAGAAGGGAGAAGCGAAACACGAUGUGCAUUUAUAAUAGUAGUUUAGAUUACAGUCAACUAAGAAACUCUCCUGUUACUGUGGUCAACGGCCAUCAUUUCGGUGGAGAAAGUCGAGUUGAAGCAAAGUAUCUGGUCUCACAUACUCGACCACUGUUGGAUAUGAGAGGAGCCAUUGUGGUAAUGCUACAAAGACAAAAGGUUGGGAUUUUUGCGACUGUUAUUCCAGCCUCCCUGUCCACCGGUGACAUGACAGCUAGUUAUAAACACAAAAACUGGAAAAUCAAGAAACGGCUCAGUGCGGCGCCACUCGUUACUGUCAUACCGAAGACAUUGGAGGUUGAAACUAGAGCUAGACCUCGAUAUAUGCUAUCAACGCAGAUAAUGGUAGAUCUUCAACGAAGAUCAGUUUCAGCUAAUAAUAGUUGCCGGCCGAGUAAUGACAUGCCAUCGCUUGACGUUCAUUUUGCCUCUUCACGUGUGUUUGUGUGCUUUGACUCGCUUCACUGCGAUAGAUGUUUUUUCAAAGUGAGAUUGCUUCUACGUUGUAAUGACCAGUUCCUGAUGGAGACUGGGAGUCAGAAACGGGCAAGUAUCCCUUCAGGGGAUAAGUUGAUAACGUUGGCGUCACGCGUUUUACACAACGUGAAGAUGAGAUAUGAAAUGUUAAAGAUUGCCUUGAUAAGAUACGGAGGUUUGAAUGGUUUUGAGCAUAAUGCUACUUUGAACUGGCGAAUACUAAUAAUGAAAUCCAUCAACACUGUAGAUGUGUAUGGCAAAUGGAAACAACAUCAACAGAUAACCCGGUGCUCGCUGGCCGCUUUUGACCGCAGAAGUACCUACCCCAGUGACAUCUUAAAAUUGUCGUAUUUGGCAGUAGAGAUCGUACCAAUAUUAUUCCCCGAAGAGCUCUUCACAACGAAAUGUGAUCGGUUUGGGACGUGCAAAAAUUAA